UAGACCCAGCUGUGACAACGUGAUCAUUAUGAAUAAGCGCUGCGCCACCACUUGUUUGCAAACCCACUCUCCACGACACUAAGUAUACUAUCCCUUUCUUUCAACUUACACUCCGCACGAAAGUCAUAAUGAGCAACCUUGACUGGGACAGUAAGACCGUUAUCGGAUUCAAGGCUAAGGCCCCAAAAGUCACCCGCAAUGCGUCGGACUUGAAGGCACGUAGAACAGGGUCUGUCGUUGCUACAGACAAGAAGGUCACAGCUGGUGGGAACAAAGCCCGUGCGGGACCAGAUCACCAACGCAUAGCCAAGCUUGACCGGGAGAACGAAGUCGCUCCUCCACCGAAAGUCAACGCAAGCGUCGGCAAGGCUAUCCAAACCGCUCGCAUGGAGAAGCAGCUCACUCAGAAAGACCUGGCCCAGAAGACGAAUGAGAAACCUUCUGUAAUACAGGACUACGAAUCCGGAAAGGCUAUUCCUAAUCCUCAGGUCCUCGGCAAGUUCGAGAGGAUUCUGGGUGUCAAGCUUCGUGGUGCGGAUAUUGGAAAGAAGCUGGAGGGGCCGAAGAAAUAGUUAUUGGACCCUCCGUCACAUUAUACCGGUGUGG